GCUCCGGUUCCGGUUUUGCAUAGGUGUUGUAUUCGAGGUGUCACGAAAAAUUCAGGAUGGAAGUUAUUAAAGUCUUUGUGGAUCCUGAAUUUAUUUGCAAUGCCUCCCGUAUAACAAGAGGGACGGUAUUGGGCGCCGAGGCCACCGUUCCCUGGGCCGGAGGGUUGGCCGGAGAUUUGGACGGUGCAUGCAUUGAAAAUUACCGAUGAGAUGGCAGGAUGCCAACGCCUGACUUUAGCAUUGCGUGGAGAUACAACAGGUAUAAAACUGCCCAGGAUUACUUCCUGAUGGCAGAAGCAUCCCCAAAAGUCAGCAAGCAAUCUUUCGAGGCGGUUCAAAGACAAGAUGACGGGCUAUGGGAAGGAUUAUCGCAGUAUUGCCGCCGACAAACAGCGACAACGACAGGACAAGAUUCCCGAGCAAUGGUUGAUCGACGCUCAAAAAUACGACAAAGCCACCAAUCUGCUACAAGUACCAGUCACUUGUGGGAUCUUGAAUGAGGUCGAGUGUCAGAUCACAUCCGAUUACGACGCGACGGCGCUCCUAGAGAAGAUCCAAGGAGAGGUCUGGUCUGUCGAACAGGUCACGGUCGCAUUUUGCAAACGAGCGGCCGUUGCUCACCAGUUGACCAAUUGUUUGACCGAGAUCUUUUUCUAUGAGGCCAUUGAGCGAGCACGACAACUCGACCGAGAACGGCGAGAGAGUCCCAAUGGCAAGGCUCUCCGACCUUUACACGGACUACCUAUCUCGCUCAAGGACAGCUUCCACAUCGUUGGACAGGAUACUUCCACAGGCCUGGCCUGCUUCGUGAACGAUCCAGCGGAGCAAAACAGUGCUCUCGCAGCCUUGCUACUUGACCUUGGUGCAAUUCUGUACUGCAAGACCAAUCUCCCUCAAACAAUCAUGACUGGGGACAGCGACAACAAUGUUUUCGGCAGGACAUUGAACCCUCACAACACCAACUUGACCGCAGGUGGAAGCACUGGAGGUGAAGGCGCACUGAUUGCCCUUCGUGGCAGCCUGCUUGGCGUGGGCACUGAUAUUGCCGGCAGCAUCCGUAUUCCCUCUCUAUGCAACGGACUCUACGGCUUCCGAGGCAGUGUAGGAGUGGUACCCCAUGGUGGCGUACGAGAUCUCGCCGUGCCGGGAACAGACGGCGUACGCUCAACCGCAGGUCCCAUGGCCACAUCAAUCCGAGACUGCCAACUUUUAAUGAAAGCCAUCAUGGAGUCAGAGACCUGGCGGUACGAUAGCACUGUUGUGUCAGUGCCCUGGAGAGGCCUAAAGGUCAGGGAAAAGCUGAGAAUUGGUCUGGUCGAAGACAAUGGCAUCGACACGCCUUCCCCUCCAAUACGACGCAGCUUCAAUGAAGCGGCUCGACUCCUCCAGGGGAUUAAUGAAAUUGAAGUGAUCCCUCUCAGCCUGCCCGGCCUCGGAGACAUCUACCAAGACCUCGUCCGGUAUAUGGCGCCACUAGGGACCGAGCAUUACUCCGAGCUAUUCAAUCGAACUGGGGAGCCGGCAAUACCAUCACUCGACACCAUUGGCCUUAUGUCCGUCGAGGGAACAACCUUGAAGGGUUUCUUCGAAAUGAACGCCCGUCGACAGGAGGCUGCAAAGAAGUACCUUCAGUUGUUCUGCGACAACAGGAUCGAUGCCAUUCUGAUGCCAGUGGCAGCUCACACAGCUGUUCCUUGGGAUAAAUGGGCGAACGCAACCUAUACCGGCUUGUGGAACUAUCUCGACUACCCUGCCGUCGUCAUUCCAGUGGACAAGGUACAGGACACAGAUCUUGCAGACGAUGUUUUUCAUGCGAAGUAUGGUCCUGGAGAUGCCGAACUUUACAAACUCUACACAGGCCCGGAGUUGUACAGGGACGCUCCAACAGCCGUGCAGGUGGUUGGGUAUCGACAAAUGGAUGAAGCGCUGCUCAACACUGCCAUUUUUCUUGACUCGAUCAUCAAUGGACGGAAAUAAUGAAAGACAGUACUUGAAGCAGGGACGAGGUAGAGAUUCAGUCGAUCAACGAACAUAGUAUCAGGACGAACUUAUCUUCCCCAUGCAUCUUUUGCUCCGUGUAUCUUCUUUUCCGCGACAGAAUAUCCCAGCGCCAGCCAAUUAUU